GGCGCCGGCGGACUCGCAGUCGACUUUCGAGAACCCACAACUGCGGCGGAUCGCUCGCGUUCGCCAUCACUGAUGUGCGUCUUGGAGAUCACUAUUGCGUCAUGGUUAUGUAAGCGUCUUUGUAAGUGAUUAGGUAAUAUUAUCUGGUGCUCUCUAGCUCUGCUCUAGCUCUUGUAGACUUCUUUAGACACAACAGCAUCAGCAGUCAGCACAGUACAGAAUCAUGGACGUCCGAAACCAGCUCGUCGAGAUGGGCUUCCCCGUCUCGCGCAUCGAGGCAGCGCUCCGCAACACGUCCCCCGCUACCCUCGAAUCCUGCGUCGAAUGGCUCGACCAGCACCCGAUCGACGCCGCCGUGCAAGCCACAGGCGACCCCGAUGACGACUCGACCGAGGUCACUGUCGGCCCGGACGGCGAGCCGAUCGAGAAAGGCGACAUGUCUGACGCCGCCGGAUCACUCGUGUGCCAGGACUGCGGCAAGCGGUUUCGCACGCCCGCCACGGCUGAGUACCACGCCACGCGGACGAACCAUACCAACUUUGCCGAGUCGACGGAGAAGAUCCCUGAGCUCACGCCGGAGCAGAAAGCAGCCAAGCUCGAGGAACUGCGUCUGCGCGCGGCAGAGCGCAAGGCCACGCAGGCCAAGAUCGACGCGCUCGAGAACCGCAAUAACGAGAACCUGCGCAAGAAGGCGGAUAAAGACUCCGCGGCCGCGAUCGAGAGGCAGAAGAAGCUGCAGGUGCAGAAAGAGGCCGAGGCUCGCAGACGCGAGCAGCGCGAGGAAGUCCUUGCAAAGCAGCGGAUCAAGGAUCUUAUCGCCGCCGACAAGAAAGCCCGACAAGAGAAGCUCGAACGCGAACGUGCUGCGCGCGCCGGCGUCGCUGCCCCGUCCCAGCCGUCUGCUCAACCCACCGUGACCACGUCAACCCCCGCCACUCCAAGACAGAAGAAAGAGUACACCGAGUCGCGGCUGCAGAUCAGAGUGGACGGCCAAUCCCCGAUCGUCAAGACGUUCCCGGUCGAGACCACGCUCUUUGAGAUUGCGCACUCGGUCCAGGAUGUUUCCGGGGUUGCGCCCGACAGCGCGGUGUUUGUCACUACGUUUCCCACAAAGAGAUAUGGCGCGGAGGAUAUGGGGAUGACGAUCAAGGAGGCUGGGUUUAUCAACACUGCUGUUAUGCUGAAGCGGGCGUAG